UUGCGGAUUUUUAGUUGUGCGCGUGUUUUUUGCUCGUUUCAGCUGCAUUUGCGGCAGCUGAUCAACGCCGGCGAAUCGAGAUGCUAUUGGCCUAAUCCGCGGCCACUUGCGAAGCCAAAUUUUUUCAGGGCCGAUGGUAUUUUGUGAGAUUUGCGGUGCGGUCACACUGGAAUCGAGUUUUGGGAUUUGGCGUUUAGCGAAGAUUUUUUGUGCUAAUUUUGUGCAGAAAUCGAAGCAGCAGCCGUGUUAAUUGGAAACAAGUGGGAGCCCGAGAACAGCUGUUACACCUGGCCGGAAAUAAAGGGUAUAGCAGUAAAAUAGAAGCGACCAGCAGCAGCGAAAUGAACAAGGCUGACGUCAACCGACGCGUUUUGGCCAUUCAGGCGAAGAAGAAGCGUCAUAAGAACAACAAGAAGCGGGGCAAGCAGAACGGCACUGGUGGCCCCCAGGAUCAGCAGCCCAAUCCCAGCCAGAAUCCCAGUUCCCAACCGAAUCAGAGCAGCGAGAACUUUCAGGCACCGGAUAAUGCUAAUAAUAGCCAUGCGGAUGUGCCAAUUUCGGCUGCCUUCAGCAAGGUGAACGCCACGGCCACAGUCUCCACGUCCAGCGGAGGAUCCGGCGGCACUCCCGACCAAUAUCAGCCACCACAGGCGCAGCCACCGAAGUCCAAGAGCAACUCGAAAAAGGAGCAUCUGCAGCAGCAGCAGCAGCAACAGCAGCCACCGCGAAGCAGCUCCAAUGAGUCUUACGAAUCAGAGCUGAACAGCGAGAACGAGGAGCAGGAGCUCAAGGAGGACUACUGCAAGGGUGGCUACCACCCCGUCAAUAUCGGUGACCUGUUUCAGGGUCGCUACCAUGUCAUCCGAAAAUUGGGCUGGGGCCACUUCUCGACCGUCUGGCUGUGCUGGGAUCUGCAGGAGAUGAGCUAUGUGGCCAUAAAGAUCGUCAAGUCGGCGCCGCACUUUGCCGAGACGGCCAAGGACGAGAUCAAGAUACUUAGGACGGUGCGCGAGACGGAUCCAUCGAAUCCACGCCGGCAGAAGACCGUUCAGAUGCUGGACGACUUCAAGAUCACCGGCGUCAAUGGCACCCACAUCUGCAUGGUGUUCGAGGUGCUCGGGGACAAUCUACUGAAGCUCAUUCGCAAGUCCAACUAUCGCGGCAUACCGCUGGGCAACGUGAAGACCAUCACCCGCCAGGUGCUGGAGGGUCUGGACUAUCUGCACACCUGCUGCAAGAUCAUCCACACGGACAUCAAGCCCGAGAAUGUGCUGCUGUGCGUGGACGAGCCGCAUGUCCGCUCGCUGGCCACCGAAGCCACCCAGUUGUACUGCAUGAACUCCAAGAUGUAUCCCUCGCUGGUGAGCCGGGCGCCCAAGGAGUACCGCGAGCCGCCCAUCACCGGCAAAAUGAGCAAGAACCGCAAGAAGAAGCUCAAGAAGAAGGCCAAGAAGCGCAUGGAGCUGUUCAAGAAGCAGCGUGACUACCUGGAGCAGGCGGGCGGUCAGCCAGUCGAAGGCCAGGAUGCUGGCGAGGAUCAGACUGACUUUGGUGUCAAUCACAAUGAGGUGCAGAACGGCGAUGCUGGCAUCUCCGAUGGCGAUGAGGACGUGGAGGUGAAGCAGGAGCCGGAGGACAAUGAUGGCGACGAGGACGAGGAAGUGGCUGCUGCGCAGCCAGUGCGAAAGGAGAGGCACGAGCGCAAGGAGCGUCCGGAGCGCAAGGAGCAGGCACAGCAGUCGGAACAACAAGCUGAGGGCGCCGACAAAGCCAAAAAGAAGAAGAAAAAGAAGAAUAAGAACAAAUCCAACCAGCCGCAAGCUCAGCAGCCGCCACAGCUGGAGAACUCGACGAGCAGCGGCGACAGCAGCAGCGCCCUCAAGAGCCACCAGAUCAAUGGCAGUAGUAGCAUUAGCAACAGCAACUCGAACACCAACAGCAACAGCAACUCGAGCGGCACUCUUAAAGGACAAUCAAAUGGCAAAAAGAUGCCAUUGCGACCGAAGCAGGAGAAGCAACUGGAAAAGCAACAGCAGCAGCAGCAGCAGCAAUCAUCGAAUCAGCAGCUGACAAACAAUAACAACUCCAGCUCUAAGCCCAACUCGAAUAGCAAUUCGAAAAUCUCAAGCGGCUCCGUGGAGAACUCGUCGUCGGCCACAAAUGGGCCGUAUUCGGAUCCCAUGCUGCCACCGCCUCCUCCGCCACCGCAGGCCAAGCACAGCAGGGCCAGACGGGAUCCGGCGCUGGAGGAGUGCAGCGUCUAUGUGAAGAUCGCCGAUCUGGGCAAUGCCUGCUGGGUGGAUCGCCACUUCACCGAGGACAUCCAGACGCGUCAGUAUCGCUCGCUGGAGGUGAUUCUCGGCUCCGGCUACGACACCUCGGCGGACAUCUGGAGCACUGCCUGCAUGGUGUUCGAACUGGCCACCGGCGACUAUCUGUUUGAGCCGCACUCCGGCGACACCUACUCCCGCGACGAGGACCAUUUGGCGCACAUCAUCGAGCUGCUGGGUCCCAUACCGCGCAACAUUGUGUUCCGCGGCACCUAUGCCCAGCAGUCGUUCAACCGGGGCGGCGAGCUGCGCAACAUCACUGGCCUGAAGCCCUGGGGCCUGAUGGACGUCCUGCUGGAGAAGUACGAGUGGUCGCACAGCGAGGCGGAGUCCUUUGCCUCGUUCCUCAAGCCCAUGCUGGAGUUCGAUCCGGCCAAGCGAGCCACCGCCGCGGAGUGUCUGCAGCACCCGUGGCUUAGAUAA